AUGUUGGCAGUGGAUGGUGGACUUAGCACAAACACAACAAACUUGAGUGCGCAUCGUGAUGGAGAGAUGCAAUCGCAAAAGGUGGAAAUGAUGGUUGUUGGUGGCAGUGCUAGUGGGGGUUUUGAAGAGGAUGGUGAGAGGAAGAUGAUGAUGGAGUCAGCCUGCCAUUACAUUUUCAAACACUUGGGAUUUCCAUUGUUCACCUCUCAGCUUUUCGCUGGCCUGAUACUCUCUCCAGCAGUAAUCGGAAAAACUGGUUCCGCGAAGUUGAUAACAAGUGCCGUCGUAAACGGGAUUGGAGUAUUUGGGGCAUUUGGCUAUUCUGGCUUUCUCUUCUUGACUGGAGUUAAAAUGGAUCCAACCAUGGUAAUAAGGGUGAGUAAAAGGGCGAUUUAUAUUGGUUUCCUUUCCAUUAUACCGCCUGCAGUGUUUGCUUUAACAAUCCUACAGGUUUUCUGUGAUACUGAAGAAGAAAAGUAUAUAUCUAUGGGGAUUGUAGUUGGUUAUACUGCUUCUACAUUUCCAGUCAUAACUUGUGUGCUUAGUGAAUUAAAGAUCAUAAAUUCAGAACUUGGAAGAAUCGCACAGAGUUCUGCAGUUGUUAGUGAAAUUUUGAGCAUUUUUCUCUUCGUUUUUUGUACUUUGUUCAAAGAAAAUUUUCACGAAACUCUCAUGGAACUUACUACUGUUGUCAUCUACACUGCGUUUCUCUUUUUGGUGAUUCGGCCUGCAAUCAAAUUCUUCAUUAGACGCCUCCCUGAAGGCAAGCCUGUAGACGAUUUUUUCAUGGGACUCCUGGAAUUUAUGUUUCUGAUUUCUUUACUUAUAGCCAAAUGGUCUCCAGCGUUUAGGUUCUUGGGGCCUCAUCUUCUUGGUCUGGCAAUUCCAGAUGGGCCACCAGUGGGAUCUACUUUGGUUGAGAAGCUAGAAAGUAUGACAAAUCAUAUAUUUUUACCGAUGUUAUUUGUAACAGGUGGUAUGAGGGUCGAAAAAUUGUUCUUCAUUCCUCACAAUCAUCUCUUAGUAAUUACUGCAUUUACCGCCGCCGCAGCGAUGAUGGUGAAAUUUGGGGCUUGCUUGCUGCCACCCUUGUAUAACAACAUGCCUUUAAAAGAUGCUUUAACAGUUUCCAUCAUUAUGUGUUCUAAAGGUGCUGUUGAGCUCGCCGAGUUCAUCCACUUAAAUGACCAAAAGAUUAUAGAUGCAGAAUUGUAUGCUCUUUUGUUUGAUUUCAUCCUGAUUAUGUCAAUCAUUGUGCCUAUGCUUGUGAAAACUCUCUACGAUCCUACAAGAAAAUAUGCGGGCUACCAUAAAAGGAACAUCAUGGCUUUAAAGCCUUAUUCAGAGGUUUCAAUAGUUACUUGCAUCCAUGUACCCGAUGAUGUGGCCGCGGCAAUCAAUCUGUUGGAUGUCGCAAUGCCUUCUAAAGACAGUCCCAUGGUUGUUAAUGUUCUUCACCUCAUGAAGCUUAGAGGACAAUCAACUCCGAUCUUCAUUUCCCACGACAAGAAAAGAAUCCCCGAUGACUCUUCAUAUUUCGAGAAUAUCAUCGUUUCUUUCAAUAAAUUUGAGGGAAACAAUUGGGGAGUUCUAUCUUUCAACGCCUUCACAGCAGUUUCUUCACCUAGUUUCAUGCAUGAAGAUAUAUGCACUCUCGCAUUGGACAAAACUGCAUCACUCAUAAUCCUCCCAUUCCAUCGCAGAUGGUACAUUGAUGGAAGUGUAGAAUCGGAUGAUAAAUACAUAAGAACCUUAAAUUCUAGGGUCCUGGAAAUGUCUCCUUGUUCAGUAGGAAUCCUCAUCGAUCGCGGCAAAUUAAACCGUCCGGUCGACGAUGAUCCAUUAUCAGAACCAGAAUACAAAGUUGCGGUCAUAUUUAUAGGAGGUCCCGAUGACCGCGAGGCAUUAACUUUCGCAAAACGGAUGGUUCUAAACACCAGGGUUACCCUCACAGUGAUUCAUUUGGUUGCAGCGGAAAAUGAUGAGGAAAGCAACAACUGGGGAAAAGUGCUGGAUACCGUGAUAUUGAGGGAUGUCAAGAACAAUGGAUAUAUACAUUACAAAGAGGAAGAGGUAAGCGAUGGACCCGAAACCGCAACACUGCUUCACUCUCUAGUCAAUGAAUUCAAUCUGAUGAUUGUUGGGAGGAGAGUGGAUUUAGAGUCACCCCAAACGUCAGGACUCACAGCAUGGACUGAAUUCCCAGAGCUUGGAGCCCUAGGAGAGCUUCUUGCAUCAAAAGAUUACAGUAGCAGAUGCUCAGUUUUGAUUGUGCAACAACAACAGACAACUUAG